CAGUUCAGUAGUCUGACCCCUUACAAUGGAUUCCAUUUUGUACGCUACAAACAAUAAAGAUAAAGAAAGAUAAGAGUUUGAAAUUUGAUACUUAUUACAUCACACAUAUGUUUGUUAAGAGCAGAUUCAGAUGUACAUAUAAUGUCUCUCUUUCGACAAAUAUCACGAGUUUAUAGAAGCAAACCAUGUAUGAGAUCAAUGUCUGUGAAUUCGAGUUCCCUGACGGAUCUGGCCGUGGAUGAAGAUGGGAUCGCAGUACUAACAUUGCAAAGGCCGCCCGUAAACAGUUUGAAUGUUGAACUACUGCAGGCGAUUAUUAAUGCAUUCGACGAUGCAGCCGCUAAGGGUUGUAAAGGAAUGAUCUUGACUUCGAGCUUACCUACCGUGUUUUCGGCUGGUUUAGAUAUAAACGAACUAUAUAAGCCAGAAAUGAAAAGGUUAACGUUGUUUUGGAAAACUUUCCAUGACAUGGCACUGAAGUUCCUGACUUCGGACUUUCCUACAGCUACUGCUAUUAAUGGUCACACACCAGCCGGAGGAUAUGCAGUUGCUAUGCUCUCCGAAUAUAGAGUCACGACGAAAGGUCAAUUCACAAUUGGUUUUAAUGAUACUGCACUGGGAAUAGUUCCGUCUGCCUGGAUCACCGAUCUCAUGCUCCAUACACUUUCUCCACGACGUGGGGAACUGGCCCUGAUGGCAUCUACAAUGUUCUCUCCAAGCGAUGCGUUAAAGGAAGGCCUUGUUGAUGACAUAGCAGAAGACAAAGCUGGAGCUAUAGAGAAAUGUAAAGGUUUUAUAAAUCAAUUCAAUAAUAUACCAAAAUGGACACAUUCUCCAUGCCUACAAAAGAUAAGAAGAAUACCACUGGAGUCACUUUAUAAAUAUUUAAACGAAAAUCCUAAUGAAGUAUUGGAUCAAGUUACGAAAAAAGAAACUCAGAAUGCAUUAGGAGAAUAUGUUGAAAAAUUGAAAAGGAGAAAAUUAGAGAGAACUAAGAAGUAGUUAUAAUACUGUAUGUCUACAAUUAUUUCUAGAAUAUUAUUUUUAUCUCUGAAGCAAAUUAUGUUCUGAUUGGAAUUAUUUAUCUAAUAUGGCAACAAAUGUUUAUUAGUGUGCCUAACCUAGGUACUCACUUUAAAAUUGGCAAUAAAAGAAUUUGUGUCAGUAUAAAA